UGCUUCUUUGAUUUUUUCUUGCCUGAUUUAUUGGAUCCAUAAUCUACCAGAUUCUUAAUUCAACAUAGAACUGGGAUGUAUAUGUAUUGCAGUAACCCGUCCAUAGGCUGAUGAUGAAGAAGUCUUCUAAGGCCAAUUACGAAAGUAGAACCUAACCACCAAAUUUAUUACAGGACUAAGGGAACUGGCAUACAGUGCAUUAUUGUGGUGAAAAUAAAUUCAGAAUGGAGAAUUUCUUUCUACUAUAAUCUCUGGAUGUGUGGAUCAAGAUAGAUAAUAGUUUAUCAAAGAAAAAGAAGAAUAUAGAAGAAAUGAAAUUUUUAAUUUCAGAAGAAUGGAGAAAAUAUGCGUAUAUUUUCUAAAGGGAACUUGCUGGAGAGGGAAUGCGUGUUCCUUCAAACAUCCAAGCGACUUCACUGAUAAUAAGGAGAGAAAACAGGAAGAUCGGAGCAGAAACUGGGACAGAAGCAAGGAAGAUAGAAGAAGAGAAGACAAUAGAAGCGAAUUAAGAUCUAACCACAAAAAUAAAAAGAGAACAAGCGACGAAGACACAAGAAGAAAACAUGAAGGAUGGAACUCUAGAAGGUCUAUAGAGAAGAGGUCAGCAAACACAGAAUACAGGAGAGAGGAACGAUCUACGAGAAAAACCGAAAGGGAUAUAGAUGUAAGGAGGAAAAGAAAAACAGAUAACCAAACACAGAAUAGCAACGAAUGUCAAAACAGAAAUAAACAGAAGACGGAUUAUACAGAACCUGAAGUUAAAAAAUCAAAAAUCGAAAGUCGGAAAGAGAAAACACACAGUGAUGUGAACAGGAAAAAACCAGGGUCCAUAUUCUGUAUCUGCGGAAUACAGACAUAUGAAAAUGGAAUGUUAAUCUGUACUGAGUGUAAACGGUACUCCCAUGCUGAGUGCUAUAAAACAAACGAUUUAUCUGUUACCCAUAUCUGCGGCGGUUGUGCUACUAAAACAGGAGUUAAAUGCAACAACCUGGAAAUUCAAACGUACCUGUCUAAUACUCAGCAAAACCAAGAAAUUAAAUCAAAGUUUGUUUUCGAUCUAGCAAUAAGAAGAGUACUAAACUCAAUUCUAAGAGAGGAAUACAAACUCACUCAGCCAGGCAACGAACCCAGUGAGGAGUUCUUGAAACUGAAGUUCGGGAUUUCAAGCUCUUAUGCUAAUAAAAUCCUAGUUCAUCUAUUCAAAUCUGGUUUUAUCUCGGAAGCAGACGGAAUCAAAGUCAACGUGGAUAAGAUAAGGGAAUUCACUAGAACUCAUUGCGAUGAUUCUGGAUUUCUAGAUGAAUCAAUCAACAAAGAAACUGAAGAACUAGAAUUUGCACUAGGCGAAAACAUUAGGAGUUUGUCCACAACCGAAAACAACAACCCUGAAGAGAAGAUAGAAGAGGAGAACAAGGGAAAAACUAUCCUUGUGGAUUCAACACAGCCAUCUACCAGCGGGUAUAUUAGAAAGUUUAUUUGGCCUGAAAACUUCAUUAAUAGAGAGUCCAGAAAAGAUGAUGAACCAAUUGAACCACUCGAACCAAAGGACAUAGGUAAAACAAGCAGUAGGCCAUUCUUCGGACAAGUUUUGGAAUCACUUGGUCCAAGGCUAAACAGCAGCGAACAAAAAGGAUGGAAUUUAUGUUUCAAACUAGGAAGAAAAGGCGAAUCAAUCCAAGUAUGGGCCUUUGGUUCUGAAACAGAAGUUAAAAACUUAAAUAAUUCCAUCAUAAUCGAUUCAUACCUGGUAUAUUGGGGUAAUUAUGUAAUCUCGCCUAAAACCUCAAAGAACCUGAACCCCACCUCUGAUUGGAUUAUUAAAAUACCAACUAAAACAUCGUGCAUGGGAAAAGUUAGCGUUGUUAUGUCAAAGAUAGAAGAAAAAGUAGAAGAGGAUCGAUCAACUAAGGAAAGUUUCUCUGCUAAAUUUCAGCAGCCUUCAAAGACAGCGGCAGCCAAGAAAAGAAGGAAGGAAAAAAGUUUUGAGGAAAAACAAAGUGUACAGCUUGAUGCUGACCAGCUCAAGAUCACUGAUUUCCUUAAACCAGACGAAGAUGUGUCUUUGAUCCUACAUAACGAAUCAUCAGACAAUCUUGAUAAAGAACCAACACCAACUGGAAGUGGAAGCAAAGAGAAAACUUCAAACUCUCCAAUGACGCCAUCUUCAUAUACUGUUAGUCCAAGAGGAUCGACACCAUCUCCCUACUAUUCACCGUCUCCAGACCGCUACAAAGCAGAUCUAAGUUUAUCAAUUUCUUCAGAUUCAGAAUUUUAAUGCCCGAUCUUAAGCUAAAUUUAUUUUCUGGCUGUGUUUCUUGUAAAUAUUAAUUUUUACUUUAGUUUGAUUUCAAAAGUGCUCGUAUAGAAUUUAAAUAUCAAGAUCUCAAACUACAAUCUAUUUAAAACAUAAUCCAGUUAACUAGUAAAAUAUUUAUUUAUUUUUGCAUUCAAGUAAAAAAACUUCGUUUUAAAUAUGUCAAAGGUAACCACAAUGAAUAUCAAUAUCGUUGCAGUUGUUUACAUAAGUUUAUACAGA